GAGAAAUUGAGAGAGAACGUGUCGUUAAGUGGGUAUUAAACUUAGUUACGUAUGUUGUUGGUAAGAGGGACAAAUUUCAGCCGUUGGAUGUAAAUCAAUCCGACGGUUUGGGGCUUAUUCCUGGUUUGUUUUCAAAAAUGAUAGGUGUCGACAAUAAAUGCAGGGUUUCUCUUCUGUGUGGAGACUGAAACGAGCCGCCGCUGAGAAGAAGAAAGGUAAUUGCUUGAGAUUUACGAAAAGAAGAUUGUAUGUAAUAUUUGCAGUUUGGAAACAGACGAAGGAGAGCAUGUUGAAGAGGAGGUUGACGAGCUAGAUGUCAGGCCUAGAUGUGGACGUAGAUGGAAUAAGUGUGUGGACAUGGAUGGAAAAGUGUGAACGAUAAAAAUGUGAACAUAUAUAUAAAAAGAAAAUGAAUCAAUGACAAAAAGAUGUAUAUCUGAAACGUGAAAUUUUUAGUCAUCGGUAAAAGAAUUUAUUUCAGCUUCUUGCAAAAAAGAUUUAAUUGGCCAAUAGAUAAAAGAAUUACAAUGGAUCUGCUUGUUGCCGUAAUCACCGUAGAUAGCUCAGAUGGCUUUACGCCUUUCUGGUGUCAUAAGAAAAGUUCCAGUAACAAAACCACUACAACUCAGAAAAUGAACAUACAAUUCAACGUUACACCAAAGCUAGAGAAGAGAAACCAAAGAUCCUAACCAAGAUAAAAAGUUUUAGCAUAUUCAGCACACACUUGAACGCCUCGAUCAUAAGCUUCAACUAACAAACUCAAACUCCCAGGACGAACAAUAUCUUGGGGUUUCUUUACAUCAAGUUUAGGAGAAGUAGUCGUAAGCUGUGGACAUGGACACAAUUAUUGUAUAUAAAAUGUGGACAUGGACACAAUUAAUGUAUAUAAAAAUGUGGACAAGGAUUAAUAAAAAUCCCUCAGCUUUGAGCAGAGUUACACAAACAUAAUCCCUCAGCUUUAACUUCAAUUAAAAUUAUAGAAAACAAAUUGAUGAAUGGAAGAACCAACCUCUUGGAUAUGAUAGAGAACAGAGUCUUCGAGGAACAUCUUCAACAGCUUUUACUGGACGGAGAGUGGCUUGAGGAGCUUCGGAUCGAAAGGCGACAGAGACGACGGCUUGAUUCUGACAGUUAUGAUCCUGAUACCGGUUGAAGUGUUUGUGGUGGGUUUGGUUGCUCAGUAAUCUUUGCUUUCUUCUUUGACUUCAAUUUCGUCAUGGUUCAUUACGGAUGAUGAAGAAGGGCGACGAAAAACAAAGGAAAUUGGAGAAAGAUGAUGAAGGGCAGGGCCUCUGGAUUAUCCGGUGUUCUCCAAGAAUUGAUGAAAAAGAUAUAAAGGUGUUUCGCGAGAUUAGGGAUAGGAGUUCAGGAAAUGGAGAAAGUAUAUCUGAGACUCAUAAGUGGAAGAGAUAAUAUACGUAGUUUUUCAAAUUCAAAAAUUGAUUUAUGAAAUUGCAAUUUAAAAAUUAUUAUUUUAUCAAUAAGAGAGUUGAGUGGGAUUGAUUCGUCAGAGAAGAGAUAGAUAAAGGGAGUGUAGUUGAAGGGCAUGCAAGACAUUGCACAUAGAUAAAGUGUGUCUCCAGCCACAAGUGUCUUAAUGUGAUAUUGGAAAGACAUAAUGUGUGUUAGAGUGUAAAAAAAUUUAAACCACUACUUUUAGAAUAGUUUUCAUUAUAUUUGUUCUAUACUGUCUUUUUCUUUUCUUUUUUUUCCUUAAAAUAACUUGUCUUUUUCUUCUUGGAUUUUAGUAUAAGAAUAUGUAAUGUGUUACAUGUAAUAUAUAACGAGUAGAUGAAGUCAAUUCAAUAACAUAUAAUUUCAAGUAAGGUUAAAAUAUGACAUCUUGUAGGUUUAAAACUUUAAACUAAGACUAGUGGGUCUUCUCAAAUUAUAUAAAAGAAUGUACCCUUUAUUUCUAACUAUUAGAAGUAACAUGUUCAUUUAAAACUCACAUCGAGAUGCUUAACCUUCCCAAUAAUAUUAUUUUAUCUAGGGAGAACUUGAAGAUUUAAAUCUGAGAUAUAAUCCGUUUAGAGAAAGACUAACCUGUCAACGCUUCCAGUUGUUAGUACAAUGAUGUUAUCGUCCGAAACUCAACACAAUGUUACUCAAGUUGCAGUUUUUUCAUUUGUGUUGAUUCAUACUGCCAAACUAGUUUUACCAAAAACAAAAAGAAACCGGUUGGAAAGGUGGGGCCGUGGCGCUGGGUUCUUACUUCAUAGACAAUGCAAAAUAGUUGGGACUUCAAUUUAUCUUGGAGCAGCUGCAACGCAAUUUACAUGCGACAAUGUCCCUUUCACGUGCAUUCUCACGUGCCCAACAUUUCGUUCGUUGAAAGAGAAAAAACCUAAACCCCUGACCUACAUGGUCAGAGACUAACCUGAAAUGAGUUGGUUUAGAUAUGGCAGCGACCAAUUUAUAUGGUUAAACCGAUAAAGCUUCCAUCUUCUUUUUCUUUUCUUUUUUUUUUGGGGUGGGGGGUCAACGCCUUUGUUUUUAAGUAUAAAGAUGUUUUGUCAUAACACUAAACACUCAAACAAAAAUGGAGUUUUGGAUACUGAAGUUGCUGCUGCCACAAUUUCUGCUUGUGCUCAUUCAACAUGCUGAUGCAAGCUCUAUCAUCAAAUAUCUUCCUGGCUUUGAAGGCCCUCUUCCUUUCCAGCUUGAAACUGGGUACAUUGGUGUUGGUGAGGUAGAGGAAGAUCAAAUGUUCUAUUACUUCAUCAAAUCUGAGAGGAACCCUGAAGAAGACCCUCUUCUUGUCUGGUUAACUGGAGGACCUGGCUGCUCUUCUUUCUCUGGCCUUGUUUAUGAGAAUGGGCCUCUUGCUUUCAAAGUUGAGGCCUACGAUGGAAGUAUCCCCACUUUGGUCUCUACUACAUAUUCAUGGACUAAGGUGGCGAAUAUAAUUUACCUGGACCAGCCUGUUGGGACUGGCUUCUCCUACUCAAGAAAUCCCCUUGCUGAUAUACCAAGUGACACAGGAUCAGCUAAGCGGGUCGAUGAGUUUCUUCGUAAGUGGCUAGACAAGCAUCCUGAAUAUUUCUCAAAUCCUUUCUAUGUCACCGGGAACUCUUAUUCCGGUAAGGUAAUUCCGGCCAUUGUUCAAGAAAUCUCAAAUGGAAAUUAUAUAUGCUGCAAACCUCAAAUAAAUCUUCAGGGGUAUGUGCUCGGAAACCCGGUAACAAAUUUUGAUAUUGAUAAUAACACUCGCAUUCCAUUUGCUCACGGAAUGGCACUCAUCUCUGAUGAACUCUAUGAGUCAAUGAAGAAAAGAUGUGGAGGAAAUUAUUUUAACGUCGAUCCUCAAAACACAGAAUGCUUGGAACUCGUUAAAGACUACAAAAAGUCUGUUUCUAGAAUAUAUGAAGAACUUAUCCUACAAUCAAACUGUGACAAAACAUCUCCUGAUUGCUAUACUUAUUGGUAUUCGCUAUCUGAAUACUGGGCUAAUAACGAGAGCGUACGUAGAGCACUUAGAGUGGUGAAGGGGACUACAGGGGAAUGGGAUCGAUGUAACUGGAACGUGCAGUGUAAUCAAGACAUUAAAAGCAGCAUACCAUACCAUAUGAAUAACAGUAUCAAAGGCUAUCGAUCUCUCAUCCUCAGUGGUGAUCACGAUAUGACAAUCCCUUUUGUUGGAACUCAAGACUGGAUAAGGUCUCUAAACUUUUCCAUUGUUGAGAAAUGGAGGCCAUGGAUGGUAAAUGAUCAAGUCGCAGGAUAUACCAAGACUUAUGCUAAUAAGAUGACAUUUGCCACUGUAAAAGGAGGUGGGCACACACUAGAGUAUAAACCAGUGGAGAGCUCAAUCUUGUUCGAGAGGUGGAUAAGUGGCCAACCUCUUUAAAUAUAGAAACUUUAAUCUUGUUAUCUCAUUAAUGUUGAAGCCGAAAGUGUUUGGUUUCUGGAUUCAUAGAGAGACAUGUUUUGUUAUUAUUGUGUUUUGACUAAUUAUUUUCCUUAUUUUGGACCGUUUAAUCAAUUUGCUUUCAACAA